CGUCAAGCGGUUGGCUGGUACGAGGCGAAGUUCGCGCACGCGCGUAGCGGACACAUAACCUCCUUGUCGCGUCGCGGUGUCAACGCUACGAUUUAUUUUUCUCGACUCAUCUCGCCUAAUAAAGCAAGAGGGUAAAAAGAAAGAAAAAAAUCACAAAGGAACUUUAGAUCCUUUAAGACUCUCUGGCAUCUCACAUUUUUACGUUUCGAGAGAUAAAAUAUCCGCGCAAACGUACGAUAAAUAAUGUCCGAUCCCCGUUUAAGAACACUCAAGAUUAAGACGGGAGUAGUUAAGCGUCUUGCGAAAGAAAAGAUCACGUACGAGAAAGAAGUGACGCAGCAGCGCGAAAGGAUACAAAAGUUGAAAGAGCAGGAUAAAGAUGGUUACGAUAUAAAAAAGCAAGAGGAGGUGCUUCAAGAAUCUUUGAUGAUGGUACCAGAUUGUCAAAGGCGUCUCGUUAAAGCAUUUGAAGAACUCAAAAAUAUUCUGGACACUGAACAAGAUUUGAAGGAAGUCAAGGAUUAUAUCGAAGCCGAAAAAGUGUUACAAGAGGCGGAAGCACAGCUACCGAAAGAAGGGGACAUUUUGCAGAUGUGUUAAAAAGUGCUCCCUCUGUGACUCUUUUGCUAGAUUAUUUUUAAAUAUUAUUCUACAGUUUUAUUUCUCACUCUUACUAAUUUUAUGUUCAAAGCAAACUAAUUUUACACUUGAAAACAUUAUAGUAUCAAGUUUCUUUUUCUUAUAUUGCUUGCAAUUGAAUAUAUAUUUAACAAUUAUGUAUAGUGGUCAAUCAUCCCAGCAAAAUACUGGGCAAACUUAUGAAAAUGUGCAUUUCAACAUGUAUUAUCCAACAACUCAACAAUCAUUUCCAUACAAUGCAAAUUACAGCGGAAAUAUGUACUAUAAUGUUUAUCCAAGCCAUAUAACAUGUGAUAACGGUACAGUUAAUAAUGCAACAUUAGUCGAUAGAAUAAGAACACGACAAAAAGAUGAAAGAAACAUUGAGCAAUUUCUCCAAGAGACCGAAUCACAAGUUUCUGUCAAAAGCAAAAAAAAAGAAGCAUUUAAGAUCGCGGCUAUCAAGAGUGCAUUAAUAUCGGUGACUAAAUUAAAUAAGCAACUUGAAACCGUUUGUGUGGAACUUGAAGACAAUGUUAAUUUAUCGGAAAUAGAAUGGCAGGAAAAAGUCAGUGCUUGUAAUGCUGUAAAGCAUGAAAUUUGUGAAAUCUUGAAAACUGUAAAAGAUACAGACUUUCUAAAUAAACUUAAGAAUGAUGUAAAGAAACGCAAGAAAAAACGUACGAGGGAACGGCGUAGAAGAGAAGAGUGGAAAAAGGAAAAAUCAAUAAAGGAAGAAAGAAGAGCAAGAUUACAUGCAGAGGCUGAUGCAUGGAUUCGAAAGGAACAAGCAGUAAUUGAACAAGAGAAACAAGAGAAGAAUCUGCGCAGGGACGCGGACACGAUCUUGUCCGAUGUUCGCAAUAAGAGAAGCGAUGCGCGAAAGUAUCUAGAAAUUUUGCAAGAGUUACAAAACUUACGAAACAUCAAGAUAACAAUUGGUCAAGCGAGAGGCGAAAAACUAUCUUCUGCAACUGAUGAAGCAUUCAAGCGUAACAUUGCUAAAUUAACAGAACAAUGGACUACCUUGGAUCGCGAAUAUGCAGUAGAAGAACAGGAAUUGAACUUAAUGUUGAAAACGGAUAAUGAAAAAAGAAUUGAAAAAGAAACGAAAAAUUUAUUUGCCGAUUGGGAGAGUGCACUAUUCGGAAUAAAUAUAUUGGCUGCUGAGCAAUCUAACAAGGAUUUGAAUAGUUUUAUCUUGAUUCGUACGGCUUGGGAUAGAUUUAUAAGUUCUGAAAACGAUGCAACAACGAUACCGAUUGGAUGGAUAAUGCCUGAAAAACCAUCUUCUGCUGCAUGGCAAAAAUGCCUCAAUAAGGAUACAUCUUAAAAUAAACGAAUAACGCGUCAAUGUAAGUUUACCUAAAGAAAUAAACAAUUUGAUAUGCUAUUUCAAAUUAAGCUACACAAUUUAUAUAAAUGUUAUUUUUAUAAAUUAUAAAUAUUUUUUGC